CGAUCUGACAGACGUUAUGUGGAUUGCACCAUGGUCAGUUGAUGCAACAGCCAGCAUUGAUAUCGGCCUCUUGACACCUCUGUAGUACAGCAACUGCUUCAGCACAGCAGAAGUGUGUGUGACAGGCCAGAGUUUGACCCACGACUGGUGUUGAGCACGAGAGAUGGGUGGAAGGUCUAGCAAGCAGACGCUGACCGCCUAUGAUGCUGAUGAAGAGGAGGCUCCUGGGAGAGGGUGCUGCGGCUGUUUUGCCAAGGGGGUUCUGUCAACAUUCAUCGCCAUAUGCCUCCUGGCAGUCACUGGCCUCUCAGUGGCGGCCCUGAUCAAGGGCAAAGAUGACUUCUGGACCAUUUAUGACAGCAAUGGUGCCACACCAGAGUACCGCAUCCAGACCGGCUGGCUCUCAUAUCACAUUGGCGGUGACAAUGCAGCAGUGCAGACUUUGAAGGAUCUGUCCUUCCCUGUGUGGGUUCUGGGGAUUGCAUCUGCUGGCGCUCUGGGGGUCACAGCCAUUCUGGCGAUCCUGUACUUGUGCAUCACCAUCUUUGGCAGCGCGGGCCGCCACAUCCGCAUUGUGGCCAUUCCUGUCGGGCUGCUGUUGGGUGGCGUGCUGGCAGCCUUCUACAUCAUGGCGGCGCUGGCAGUGCGCCAGCUGUCAUAUGACACCAUCAAGGACGGUGUGCUUAUCCGGCCCCACUACGGCUGGUGCUUCGGCAUGGGCUCUGCGCUGCUCUGGCUCAUCACCGGCUUCUUCUCCUGCUGCAUUCCACCGCGCAGAAGCAAGGAGUAUGUGAAGCAGCCCAGCCCGCGCAACAGCCAGACAGGGAACCCCAUCUACCGCGUGCGCACAUUCUCCAACGCUGGCAGUGCUGACGUGGAGAAUGAGGAGCCGCUCACCGGCAAGCAGCCCGGCGUGCUCAACGUGGAAGCCCCCAGCGCGGAGGUGUACCCCGAGGCGCAGCCCAGCAGCUCAAAGUCCUGGUUCGGCAAGCUGAGCAAGGGCAAGUCGCCGCUGGCCAAGCAGGACGCGCGUGAGGACUACCGUGACCGCUCUGCGGAGAUCGCCAAACGCUAUGGCGAGAAGAACGUGUAG